UUUAAUCGUAAAAUUUAUCCUUUAAAAAGUUUGAAAAACUCCAAUUGUUCAAAUACCUUAAAAGUAAUUAUAUUUUAUGACAUUUAUUUUGAGAAUUUAGGAGUAAAUUUUAAUGAAGCUUUUGAACAAUUAAAUGUAUUGGAAUCUAUCCAUAUACUUAAUUGUUAUCCUAUAAAUACUAUGUUUGUUCAACAAAUUAUUAAUUUGACCAAACCAUUCAAAUUAAAAUCCUUAUUCAUGGACAAAAGAUCCGUACCACAUAUCGAUUCAUUGAAAUUAUUAUUACAAAAAUCUGGUGAUUACUUGGAAUAUGUCGGAUUUGAAUCAUCAAUAGAUUAUGAAUUAAAAUUACAUUUAUUCAAAUUAUUCCAAAUUUAUUGUAUCAAAAUCAAAUUUUUGAGUUUACUUGGAUUUGAUGAUAAGAUUAGUUUUCCAGCACUUGAUUUAGUUAAAGAAUUCCAACACAAUCUUAAUUAUCUUAUUAUUAAUUUUUCUCAAUUUGGUUAUGAUCAAAUAAGUUAUGAUGAUAAACUUAGUUCAAUUAUAUUACAUAAUUUAGGUCAAAUUCUUCCUGAUAGGUUAGAAUAUUUGAGUAUGGCACUUAAAUUCAAUAUAAAUGAUUUGGAAGUAUUUUUUAAAAAUUCUCAAAAUGUUUUUAUUAGGAAAUUAUUAAUUAGAAAUAAGUUUUAUCAAGAAAAUGAAAAUGUUCUACCCUGUAUUAAGGAAUAUGUUAUGAAAGAAAAAAGGGUUUCAUAUUUAGCUAUGGAAAAUCUUCCCGUUACUAAUAAUGAAAGAAGGGAUCUAUAUUAUUUAAAAGAUGAAGUAAAGGAGUUUAAACUUUAUGAUAUUCAAGUUAAAAAGUAUAAUUACUUAUGUAUUCAAGUUAGUGAUUUUAUAAACGAAUCUUAUUAGUUAUCUUGGAGGUUUAUUAUAUGGAAUAUUGGAAUUGAUUAUGUGUUCAAGUUAGUGAUUUUAUAGACGAAUCGUAUUAGUUAUCUUGGUUUAUAGUUUUUUUUAUAUGGGAUAUUGGGAUUGAUGACAAAAUGUUUGAAAUUAAAAAUUUUUU